AGCAAGUAACCUUCCAGUUGAUGCUGACGGUGGGAGCAGCGGUGAUUGGCUCGCUGCAGUUCGGUUACAACACCGGUGUCAUCAACGCCCCUCAGAAGGUGAGUCCACAGGGAUGAGAUUGGGUGGGGAGGUGGGGCUGAUGUGUCUGAUCAGAAUCGGGUGGGGAAGGCUUGUCUAUAGUUAUCCCACCGACACCGUUUUUGAAUCGUCCCCCUGCCCCUGCCCCUGCCCCUGUGCCAGUCUAGGCCAGUCAAGAUGUUCCCUGCAACACCUGAAAAGAAGGGGGCUAAUAAUAACUCGAUGUAGGCCUAUCUCGUCCAAGGCACUGUCUAUUAGAGGACCUCUGUGACGUGAUUCAUGUGUAAAGGAGUGUUUCCAUGCCCCAAAAGGGCUCAGCCUGCUGGACUGUAGGUAAAGAGACACCCAGGAGAGUGCUACUCACUCCGUUAAAGGGAACAUAAUUUAGGAGCUCUCAGUGAGAUCUGACUCCAUCAAUUAAAUUAACCUAUUUUCCAUUAACUUAAACAAAAUGAGUUUCUUUGACCCUACUCCUUCAAACUGUUGCACAUAUACAGUGGGGAAAAAAGUAUUUAGUCAGCCACCAAUUGUGCAAGUUCUCCCACUUAAAAAGAUGAGAGAGGCCUGUAAUUUUCAUCAUAGGUACACGUCAACUAUGACAGACAAAAUGAGAAAAAAAAUCCUGAAAAAUCACAUUGUAGGAUUUUUAAUGAAUUUAUUUGCAAAUUAUGGUGGAAAAUAAGUAUUUGGUCAAUAACAAAAGUUUCUCAAUACUUUGUUAUAUACCCUUUGUUGGCAAUGACACAGUUCAAACGUUUUCUGUAAGUCUUCACAAGGUUUUCACACACUGUUGCUGGUAUUUUGGCCCAUUCCUCCAUGCAGAUCUCCUCUAGAGCAGUGAUGUUUUGGGGCUGUCGCUGGGCAACACAGACUUUCAACUCCCUCCAAAGAUUUUCUAUGGGGUUGAGAUCUGGAGACUGGCUAGGCCACUCCAGGACCUUGAAAUGCUUCUUACGAAGCCACUCCUUCGUUGCCCGGGCGGUGUGUUUGGGAUCAUUGUCAUGCUGAAAGACCCAGCCACGUUUCAUCUUCAAUGCCCUUGCUGAUGGAAGGAGGUUUUCACUCAAAAUCUCACGAUACAUGGCCCCAUUCAUUCUUUCCUUUACACGGAUCAGUCAUCCUGGUCCCUUUGCAGAAAAACAGCUCCAAAGCAUGAUGUUUCCACCCCCAUGCUUCACAGUAGGUAUGGUGUUCUUUGGAUGCAACUCAGCAUUCUUUGUCCUCCAAACACGACGAGUUGAGUUUUUACCAAAAAGUUAUAUUUUGGUUUCAUCUGAAAUUCUCCCAAUCCUCUUCUGGAUCAUCCAAAUGCAUUUUAGAACACUUCAGACGGGCCUGGACAUGUACUGGCUUAAGCAGGGGGACACGUCUCGCACUGCAGGAUUUGAGUCCCUGGCGGCGUAGUGUGUUACUGAUGGUAGGCUUUGUUACUUUGGUCCCAGCUCUCUGCAGGUCAUUCACUAGGUCCCCUCGUGUGGUUCUGGGAUUUUUGCUCACCAUUCUUGUGAUCAUUUUGACCCCACGGGGUGAGAUCUUGCGUGGAGCCCCAGAUCGAGGGAGAUUAUCAGUGGUCUUGUAUGUCUUCCAUUUCCUAAUAAUUGCUCCCACAGUUGAUUUCUUCAAACCAAGCUGCUUACCUAUUGCAGAUUCAGUCUUCCCAGCCUGGUGCAGGUCUACAAUUUAGUUUCUGGUGUCCUUUGACAGCUCUUUGGUCUUGGCCAUAGUGGAGUUUGGAGUGUGACUGUUUGAGGUUGUGGACAGGUGUCUUUUAUACUGAUAACAAGUUCAAACAGGUGCCAUUAAUACAGGUAACGAGUGGAGGACAGAGGAGCCUCUUAAAGAAAAAGUUACAGGUCUGUGAGAGCCAGAAAUCUUGCUUGUUUGUAGGUGACCAAAUACUUAUUUUCCACCAUAAUUUGCAAAUAAAUUAAUAAAAAAUCCUACAAUGUGAUUUUCUGGAAUUUUCUUUCUCAAUUUGUCUGUCAUAGUUGACGUGUACCUAUGAUGAAAAUUACAGGCCUCUCUCAUCUUUUUAAGUGGGAGAACUUGCACAAUUGGUGGCUGACUAAAUACUUUUUUUCCCCACUGUAAGUGUGUCCCCUGGACAGCUUUUUACUGUAGGUGCUAACUCUACAGAAUUGUUUUGUUUACUGAAAGCUCACAACAGCCUGGGGAUGUUAGGUCAUGUGGUCUAUAAGAAUCUCUUAAUUUAGGUAAAAGGGCUGAGCCAGACACAGUAAUGCUCUUUGUAUGAACAAACCUUCUGGCGCUCAGCUCGGCUCAAAGUUCCAGGUGCCUUGUUGCCCGGAUACUAGAGCCCGACCGAUAUAUCGGUUUUACUGAUAUUAUCAGCUGUUAUACCACAGCAUUGUUGAAUACUUGUUUCUGAUUGGCUAGAAGGGCAUUCUAGAAUGGACACAAACAGGUAACAGGAAAAGUUUGAAAAGAUAUCAGGAAAAAUGUUUUUGGUAUUUUACCCCCUUUUUCUCCCCAAUUUUGUGGUAUCCAAUUGGUAGUUACAGUCUUGUCCCAUCGCUACAACUCCCGUACGGACACAGGAGAGGCAAAGGUCGAGAGUCGUGUGUCCUCCGAAACACAACCCAAACUAGCCACACUGCUUUUUGAUACAGUGCCUGCUCAACCCGGAAGCCAGCCGCACCAAUGUGCCGGAGGAAAUACCGUACACCUGGCGACUGAGUCAGCGUGCACUGCGCCCGGCCCGCCACAGGAGUCGCUAGUGCGUGAUGGGACAAGGACAUCCCUGCCAGCUACUUUGCUGUUAUUCUGGCUGCAGAGGUCGUGACUGUGUUAGCCAUAGCUAGUUGGCUAGCUAGCAAGCAAGGGAUAAGAACGUUGCCACUGAGCAUGGCAACAGAACAUAAAGAACGAACGACUGGGUCACGUCCAUAAAUAUCAAACCAAUCGAACGACUAGCAAACAAAAGAUGAGAAAGUAUGAAUUUGCUUAUAAAAAUGAAUGUCCUGAUGGCUACCUUGCGCUGCCAUUGUUGUCUGUUGUAAAUUGUAAAGUUGUAAAUUGUAAAGUGGUUAUCCCACUGGCUAUAGGGUGAACGCACCAAUUGGUGAGUCGCUCUGGAUAAGAGCGUCUGCUAAAUGACGUAAAUGUGCCCUUGAGCAAGGCACUUAACCCUAAUUGCUCCUGUAAGUCGCUCUGGAUAAGAGCGUCUGCUAAAUGACUAAAAUGUAAUGAUGUAAAUGUCUGUGAUCCAGCACGGUUUUACUUUAUUUUAUAGUACUACUGAUAUUGAUACUUCAUACAGUGCCUUCAGAAAGUAUUCACAGCCCUUUACUUUUUCCACAUUUUGUUGUGUUACAAAGUGAGAUUAAAAUCGAUUUAAUUGCCAUUUGUUGUCAACAAUCUACACAAAAUACUCUGUAAUGUCAGUGGAAGAAAAAUUCUAACAUUUGUAAAAAAAAAAUAUGAAAAAUAAAACACUAAUACUGAAAGCACACUGACACAUGCUCAGUAAUACCACACAAUGCCACAGCUGUUUAGUAGCAACAUACAGAGUGCAGGGAAGUCUUCACAGAAACGAUAGCGUUGCUGAGCAUAGAGACACAUCCAGAUUCAGGAUAAAUGUGAUAACAGCAUUACUACUGUAUAUGGAGACCCUAGAUUAUCCCCAACCCACCUCGCCCUCACUCCCUCUCUCUCUUUCUCUAUGAUUAGGGAUGGAGCGUUGCUGGUUGUUGUGACGCAGGCCCUCCACUCUAAAGAGUGCAGCACUGAUUAGAUUAGGUGUCUCUCAAGGGCCCUGGGCUGCUGGCCUGUUUGUCCUCUUACCUCUCUUCCCGCUCCAAAUUGGGCACCUUGUAACACAGACAGACCUGACCGCCUGCCCAGCCAAGAGUCCACAGAGACAGUAACACUUUAAUCAGAACAGGGUCACCGGUCAUGAAUGAACAGUGUAUUUCAUUGUGUCCAGGUGCUUGCUAGGUCUUGGGUCAGACACCAGCCUAUUCAGAGCAAAUCAAGGAUAUGAAAUCAAGGACAGCCAUUCUCUAUCUGUAAGAAUUUAUUUUAUUGAACACUAUUAACAGUGUUAGGCUGACUAGGCUAGGCUAUAUUAGAUUUGUCAUCACUUUUUUGCAGAAUAAUUAGGAUAACUUUCUGGGUCUGUAUAAUUUAUGCCAGACCCUAUGUCAUAUCUUGAACAGCCUACCCCUCAGCUGACUUAAACAUACAUUAGCAGUUCUAUAUGAAUCACUCAGCGUUAUGUAAGUAUCUGUAAAAAAAGUAUAUUGUAUAAUCUAUCAGCAAAGCACAUGACAGGAGCCAGCAGUGAUAUUUGGGAGGGGAGGACAGGAGGAGGCAGUACUAGAGGUGCUAGAUAGAGGGCACAUUCCUCCCAGCCUGUACUACUUAACUUCCAUCACACGCUGGGCGGACUUAUGUAUGUUUGGCAACACUGAUAAGUCACUGUGGGGGAAGGGGCUGAAACCCAACACCUCGCUCUUUCAUAAACUUCCUUGUUGAUGGAAAAUGAGGGGCGCGUUCAGCAGGACGCAACUUUUUGGAACGUUCAGAUAUAAAAAUGCAAUGUAGAACAAACAUGCAUCUCUGACAUGUAGAAUAAGAAAUCAUGUCGGCUCUAUUUGUGGUCAUUCUAUCUACAACAUUCAGAACGUUUUCAUACGAAACAUGGCCCUGAAAUCCAAUCCUAUACCGUCAUCUACUGGCCAGACACCAAAAUAGCAGCCGCCCGGGCCAAUGGCAAUGAGGACAAGGAAACACUUUAUUUUUUACUGUCUCUUCAGUUAAAAAAGCAAAUUAACAUUUGACUGUGGUUUCUUUCUUUGGCACCGUUUCGUUCUUUGGCAUUGUUUUAAGCUGGCGUUGUUUUCUUCCCUUCUCUGCUAGGUUAUUGAGAGCUUCCUCAACGAUACAUGGAGAAAACGCUACAAUGAGAAUAUCACCAAGACCUCCCUCACCACCCUGUGGUCCGUCUCCGUCGCCAUCUUCUCUGUCGGUGGUAUCUUCGGCUCCUUCUCCGUGGGCCUGUUUGUCAACCGCUUUGGCAGGUAAAUACGUCACUUCACAAUGUUUAUUUACAACUGUGUUAUGUGAGAUGAUAUUACAUAGAUGGCCUAUGUACUGUAUAAUAUCUGUGACAUGUAAAGGUUUGUACAGUAAUUGGACUGUAAUUGACAUGUCUACAGGAGGAACUCCAUGCUGAUGGCCAACGUGCUGGCCUUUGUCUCCGCUGCUUUCAUGGGCUUCUCUAAGAUGGGUGGCUCGUGGGAGAUGCUGAUCAUCGGGCGCUUCGUGGUGGGACUUUACUCCGGCCUCUCCACUGGCUUUGUACCCAUGUACGUGGGUGAGGUGGCCCCCACUGCCCUUCGAGGAGCCCUGGGUACCCUCCACCAGCUGGGCAUUGUCAUGGGCAUCCUGAUGGCACAGGUCAGUGCCAGUGGCAACAUGGAUAUUAUAUGGAGAAUAAUGGAUGAUAUGUAUGCUUUUACAAAGGGUUCUCUAUGAGAGUUGUGCUACAUAAUCUUAUUUUUUAACCUUUAUUUUGACAGGGAGUCAUGCUGAGACCAAGGUCUCAUUUACAGAUGAGCCCAGUAAUUACAAAAAUAUACACAUAAAUACACUACGAAAGCAAAACAGAGAUACAAAACACAAUCAUAGAAAACAAAUAAAUGUUUCAAUAAAUAGGUCCUCAAUCAGCCAUCUGAACUGCCCUAGAAGCACCAAAUCAUGACAUUAACGAUUUUGGAGAUUAUUCCGCAAGUAACGUGCAAAAAACCUAAAAGCAGAUUUACCGCUCAGUUGAUAGAACAUGGCGCUUGCAACGCCAGGAUAGUGGGUUUGAUUCCUGGGAUCACGUAAAAUGUAUGCAUGCAUGAUUGUAAGUCUAUUUGGAUAAAAACGUCUGCUAAAUGGCAUACAUUAUUAUUAUUAUUAUUAUUAUAGAUCGAAGGGAUCUCCAGAGUUAGCCAUUCCUGAGACUGGGUCGGUCUGGUAGCUCGUACGUCUUUAGGUUAACAAUGAAGUAAGGUACGGCGGAAGUUUGCACAAGAGGGCUUAAUCGGAUGGUGGUCUAACUAUGUGUUGUGGUUCAGGUGUUUGGCAUGGAUGCCUUAAUGGGGAACAAUGAUCUGUGGCCCUUCCUGCUGGGCUUCACCUUCAUCCCAGCCCUGGUGCAGUGUGCCCUGUUGCCCUUCUGCCCCGAGAGCCCCCGCUUCCUCCUCAUCAACCGCAACGAGGAGAACAAGGCCAAAACUGGUGAGUAGAGUACAUUUACACACAAACACACAUUCAUACGCUUUAUGUAAUCAGUUCAGCCAAUUUCAGGUCUGUCAAUUUGAAUGAGUUGAAAAUAUUCCUCAUCUAAAAUAAUAGCACAUUUUCAAUUCAUUAGUUGAAUUUAAACUUAUCCCCUGAAUUGUUUGAAUUGACCAGGUAUCGAGUGACCCAACCCAGACUGUAAUGUAGCCUCCUAUUCUCUCUCUGUCCCUGUAAGUCCUGAAGAAGCUGCGUGGGACCACAGACGUGAGUGCAGACAUGCAGGAGAUGAAGGAGGAGGCCAGGCAGAUGAUGAGGGAGAAGAAGGUGACCAUCCUGGAGCUGUUCCGCUCGCCACUCUACCGCCAGCCCAUCUUCAUCGCCAUCAUGCUCCAGCUCUCCCAGCAGCUGUCUGGCAUCAACGCUGUGAGUCACCUCUCAUACUUCUCACCCCAAACACACACUCCAUAUACACAAACACGUAUGCUAACAUGUCUAUUUUCUAACUCUAAACUGUGUUUUUGGUGUCCUCCAGAUUUUCUACUAUUCUACCCGUAUCUUUGAGAAGGCCGGAGUUGCUCAGCCUGUUUAUGCUACAAUUGGUGCCGGCGUGGUCAACACAGCCUUCACUGUGGUGUCGGUGAGUAACUAUGGCAGAUGCUGGUGUGUUUGUGUCAUUUUUGGUGCGCAUGAUGCAUGAUGAACCACAUUUGUGUUUGGACAGUACAACUCAACCCUAUCUCCGUUCCUCAGCUGUUUGUGGUGGAGCGCGCUGGACGCAGGUCUCUCCACCUGCUGGGGCUGAUUGGAAUGGCAGGCGCUGCCGUCCUGAUGACCAUCGCUCUGGCUCUGCUGGUACUUAGACAAACUACAACACAUUUCACAUAAUGCUAGCAGCUCUCAUAAGGAAUGAAUGAGGAAAAACACUUGUUAAUAUAAUAUGUAGCAUGAAUACCAGUAGUUUAACCCUCUGCUGUCUGUUUGUCCUCCAUCAGGACCAGCUGCCAUGGAUGUCCUACGUGAGUAUUGUGGCCAUAUUUGCCUUCGUAGCGUUCUUUGAGAUCGGCCCGGGUCCCAUCCCCUGGUUCAUCGUGGCUGAGCUGUUCUCCCAGGGACCCCGGCCCUCGGCCUUCGCUGUGGCUGGCUUCUCCAACUGGACUGCCAACUUCAUAGUGGGCAUGGCCUUCCAGUAUGUAGAGGUAAGCACUGAGCACAACCUUGUUAGUCAGAUGCUCAACAUGGUAGAUGUUGUAGAAAUACUAAUCUUGAUAUAUGUGAACUGGUAGUUUGAAUACAUGUUUGUUUGGAGCCCACUGCUUAAUAAACAGAGUCAUCAAUGUUCUCUCUCCUUCUCUACACCUUCUCACCCUACAGGAGUUGUGUGGCCCUUAUGUCUUCGUCAUCUUCACCAUACUGCUGCUCAGCUUCUUCAUCUUCACCUACUUCAAGGUGCCUGAGACCAAGGGCCGGACGUUUGACGAGAUCUCGGCCGGGUUCCGCCAGUCGGCUGGCACUGGGGGAGAGAAGCACUCGCCGGAGGAGCUCAACAGCCUGGGGGCUGACUCUCAGCUCUGAGCACCUGUCCCUCCCCUCUCCUCUCGUUCCACACCCCCUGAUGAGGCCCGGCCCUGAACCCUCCCUGACCACCCCAACCUGAGGGGACUACUCACUAACUGCGUGAAAACUACUAAACUGACACACUGGUUGUCAUUACAUUUCAGGCAUCUUCACCAAGCUGAGAACAGAUGCCCCGAUCCCCCCUCCCGAUCCCCUGUCUCAAUGUCUCUAGCUCCUUUCUCUUCUCAUCACAACACAAACUUGGUGUGAGCAGGGACAUGGGUGGAAGAGGGUGGCUUGGAAUGGUAGAUGGUUAGAAGAAGGAAAAGGGGGGUCUUCAAUUACACAACGUCAAAUGCUAAGUAACCUUUACUUUAUUUUCUCUUGCCUUACUCAUUUUGUCGGUUUAGAUAUCCAUGCUUAUGUCCCUUAUGCAGGUCUCAGUACUUCUCAUUGUAAGGGAUGAUUUUAAAGUUCAGAAUUUGUGUUUUUGUUCCCUUUGAUACUUGAUGAGACAGAGCAUACUGUAUAGCAACACUGUAGCCACAGCAAAUUUGAGCAAUUGGUGUGGAAUUGAAAUAUGACAUUUGUACUGUUUUCCAACAGGGGGAGCAGUCCUCAAUAAAAGGCCUUCUACUGUAUUGUACCGCAACUACACUUGCUUUGCCAGUCCAGAGGGACUAAACCACAACUAAUGGUUAUUCUGUUCCACAGAGGGAAUGUCUGAGGCUACAUAUAACAAUAUGUAUGUCUUUAUUACACAGACUCUCUGUUUAUGACCUACAUUAUUUACUGGAACAAUCAAGACCUUCAAGACAUUGCAUGCCAUGUAAAUCUUUUUUUGAACUUCUGUCCAGAUAGGUUUUUGAUUAUUUUAGGAAUAUUUGUUUCUUAUGGAAAAAUAAAUGAAAUCAUGAAUAGUCGUUUUUUAUGAGGUUUAUUUCUUAGUGAAUUACAAGCACUGUUACAAAAAUGCCAUCAAACAUUGGGUGAAUACUUUUGGGCUGUAAGUAUGUGUACAUUUUAUAUUUCAUUCCCAAGCUUUUAGACCAUUUGGGGUCAGACUCCCAACUAAUGUUCUAUGUUUAUAGAAAAGUAGUGAUUUUUGUUAUUGUAACUCCACAAUUAUUUUGCAUAGUUCAGCACUGUAGGGGCUGCUAUCUUGUUCAAUGAUGUUUUGUGACACAUAGCUGACAACCCUGUAUAAUUGGCUGAUUCAGCCGACACCACCUCUUGAUGUAGAGGUUCCUGCCUAUGACUGCUGUGCCACUUCAAGAAGGUUUCCUUUCUUGUUAUAAGGCAUUUUGAGGAAAGUUGUCUUUUUAGAAGCAUUUUAUCAUCCACAGUGUUGGUUGUGUUGUCACAAAAAAUAUUCCAUAAUAGUAGUUGGAGCAUGGCUCAAAACAUUCUACAAAAUAUGGAACCCCGUUAUGUUACUGCAAAGAGACUGGGUUAGAUGUCAUUGUUAUUAUUAUUAUUAUUAUUAUUAUUAUUAUUAUUAUUGUUUUU